AAGAUACUACAAGUGAACAAGAAUCUGCUUCAUAAAGUACAAAAACAGAACUGUUGAUAAAGGAGCCCAAUUUGUGUCCAUGGGAAUUCCAUUAGAAGUUGGAAAAUCUGAUAACCAAAGAUUACCAAGAUUGUGUCAAUGAGGAACUCAUAGACUAGUAUUUUUAUUUUUAUUUUUUUGCAUGCGAAAAGUCAUACUAAUUAUAGAAAAGCAGUCUAAUCAUGAACGCUGUCUUUUGACUUAUAUAUGUAUAUGAUCUAUUACUACCUUUUGAGAUUUGUGGGGACUUUUUGAUUGUUGUUUCUUGACAAGAAAGAUGAAACAGUCUUAAGUGUUCUGCAUGGAUAAUACGUAUUCAAUGAAAAAUAUCCAAGAAAGAAUCGAAAUUCAUACCAAUUCCUAGUAGGCUUCCAUAAAUUUUCAUCGAGGCAGGUUUUUAUUAUCACGAGACUAUCACUUGGCAUUAUAAAUUUAGAAGUACCAAAAUGAUUGUGAUAAGCACAAAAGUGUAACGAUAUCAGCAAUAUGUAUUUAUAAUGAAAAACGAAACUUACUUUACACAACUGAAAAGUAUUGAGAGUAAGUUCUCCGUUAAAGGGAAGGAAGUUUAAAAUACGUAUAAUGCAACAUACAUUUUUUGAUUUCCGAGAAUAUGCAAGGAAUUAAUUAUAUCAAAUGCGGAAAGGGGUUUCUUUUCUGAUAUAUUAAUGUAAUAGGAAUAUAAAUAUAUAAACUUCAAACACCACCAUGCACUGAAUAUCGUUGCACUUUUACACUUAUUGCAGCUGGUCGCAAUAAUUAUGUAAAUCAUCUUUUCUUAAAAUGCAGUGAUGAUCGGGAUAAAGAGAAGAUAUUGGGGUGAUUUCAAGUAUGAAUAGUUGUACCGCCAUAACGGCCCUGAUUCUGUUGGUGCUGACCAAUUUGGCCACCAUUAUAAGUUUUGCCACGCCUUAUUGGCUGGAAACUACAGAGGAUACGAGGGGGUUAUGGGCAACAUGUAAAGACCAGAAAUGUGAAUGGGUGUUCGAAAGCUCUGAUUACAGGGUAGAGGAUGAAGAUUACAUCAUUGCCACGCAGGGUUUGAUGUCUGUGGGGCUGGCCGUGUGUCUUGUUGCUCUCAUGGUGGCAACUCUGGCUCUAUGUUGUCAGUGCACAAGCUGCAACCACGGGGGAUUUGUUGCUGGGUUGCUAAUAACGGCCUUUUUAAGCAUUGGAAUCGGCACGGCAGUGUAUGGAAUUAAAUCAUCAAAAGAUGUAAAUGCCAAGAUUUCCUUUGGAGAUAACUCACAUUUCGGAUGGUCGUUUUGGGUAGCCGUGGGGGCAGCUGGAAUGGCAAUGCUGACGUCACUGAUAUACGGCUGUUCUUCUAGAAACACAGACUAGUGUGAAUUUGUUAUUUAGUAAGAAAACUUUGUUCAUUCCUAACUCUCAUUAUAACCAAUAAGAAUUACAAUAUUGUACAUUUUGUUAUCUAUUGAAAAUCACGUUAUUACGAAUUAUUAGAAACUUGUUUAUUUAUAUGCGUCUAAUUACUGGUAGGUGUAUGAACAUUUAAGAAAACCUAGUACAAACAGUUGAUAAUCAAUUAUUUGCAUACUUAUGAGAUUGAUCACUGUUCGUUAUCUUCACCUUGCAUACUUUUGGCUUUUGGUUGAGAAGAAUUUAAUUAUAUUACGUAUAAGGCAAAUUCAACAUAUUCAGUGUUAUUAAGCUCACUUUUAUAGAAAAAAUGUCUAGAUGUAUUUUUGGUAGGCUUUGAGUUUUGUUUGUGUGAUUUUUUUGUGACUUUAUUGCUAGUAAGAACUUGAAAUAACUAUGUUUUAAUUAAUUAAUAUACAUGAAGACAUAUGUUGCUGUAAAUAUUUAACACAUGUGUACUUAAUGUGGUUACAUAUACAUAUGUAUAUAUAUUUAUAGUGAUUAAUUAAUGUUUGUAGACAAGUAAUAUACACUUAUUUUUGUGUGA